AUGUCGCUAAAGCCCAAAACGACCUAUCUACAUGCUCAGCUACGAGCCCCUGCUACCAAGGAUGCUGCAGCUCGAGUGGAAACUGUGGGUUCGGUCAAGAAUUCUGUGGGACCGGGUGCCAGAGCAACUGCGAUGCUAAAGCAGAAUGUGGACAAUAUGCCCCGCCUGAGACAAAAGAUUGCCCGCUCAAUGUCUGCUGCAGGCAAGAACACGGAUGCUAUGACGUAUGAGCGUCGUAUCGGAUACUAUGAGCUGUUCAAUCUGGACGAUCGUCCCUGCGACAAAGUUUACCCUGAAGACCUUGAAUUGGCGCCCCUCACGCACAUCAAUCUCGCCUUUGUAUUGUUCGAUAGCUCUUUCAACCUUAUCGACGACGUUGGGGGCUUGAUAUCGCGUGUGACUUUUCUGAAAAGUCGCCACCUCAAUCUGAGGGUGAACAUUGCUGUUGGGGGAUGGUCUUUUAACGACCCUCCGACCCAAAAUUUGUUCUCGGAUAUGGUAAGCGGCUACCACAAGCGGCAGACUUUCAUCAAUUCUCUAGUGUCAUUCUUGCAAAAAUACGGACUCGAUGGUGUCGAUAUCGACUGGGAGUAUCCUGCGGCACCUGACCGAGGUGGUUCCCGAGCAGACACGAAAAACUACGUUUUUCUCAUGUCUGAGAUUCGAGAUGCUUUUCAGCAAGCAAACGCUGGAUGGCAGGCCACCAUUACGCUUCCAACGAGCUACUGGUAUUUGCGAGGUUUUGAUAUCUCCGGCCUUCAAAAAUACGUGUCGUGGUUCAACGUAAUGUCUUACGAUCUGCAUGGUAUGUGGGACCAGCACAACAAGUACACGGGUCCGUACAUAGAGGGCCAUACCAACAUCACUGAAAUUGACGAGGGUCUGAAAUUGCUUUGGCGUAACGAUAUUGAUCCCGCAAAGCUUGUUAUAGGGUUCGCAUUCUACGGAAGAUCAUACACCUUGAACGAUGCAUCUUGCUUUCAACCCGGUUGCACAUUCUCGACUUCCGGUCUUCCAGGGACAUGCACAAACACCGGGGGCAUCUUGUCUUACAGUGAGGUCAGCUCUCGAAACAACUCACUUAGCACGCAAACAUACUACGACCAAACCUCGACUGUCAAAUACAACGUGUACGACGGCAACCAGUGGAUCUCCUACGAUGACGAGCAAUCCUUUUUCGACAAGAAGAAGUUCCUUUCCCUGAGAUGCCUCACCGGCUUGAUGAUAUGGGCACUCGAUCAAGAUACACAAGGCCACGACGCUCUGGAGGGACUUCUUGGUGACUUUUCCUCCAGUCAACUAGAAGGUGGCAAUCUAGAUGACCAAACUGCGACUGCGUUAUCCUUGGCGUUUGGUGCUUACACUGGACAGAAUUGUUUCGUCACGCCGACAUGCACCGAUGGCUCAGAUGGUCAGAAGCAACAUGACCAGGUCUGCCCAUCUGGGACUUCGGCCGUUUCAACUGCGCAUGCUCCGCUUCAAGCUCCUGGCUUUCAACUCAACGGUGACUGCUCGACAGGUUGGUAUCGCUUCAUCUGCUGUCCAAUCAACUCGAUGCCAAAGAAUUGUGAAUGGAGUGGCGCGCCUGUUAGCGGUGAAUUUGGAUGCAGUGGCUCUUGUGGCGACAGCCAAUAUCUUUUGAACACCGACACCUACACCGGCUACAAAGGGAAAGGAAGCUGCUACACCGGUAACCGUGCUCUAUGUUGCGACUCGACAGAGGUCAUUGAUGAUUGCUUCUGGACGGCUUGUCAAGGCCCAUUAAGUCCCAGUACUCUCGCCUCUUGUGGUCCAGAUGAUUUCGAAUACCAAACCUAUCGAUAUGAUCAAGACAACGGUGACUGGUGCUCUUCCUCUUACAUAUCUCCGCUGGACGGUUCUACUGGGUCGACAUUGCAUGAUCGCUUCAAACGAGCGUUCUGUUGUCCCAAAGGAAAAGGAUUCAGUCAUUGCAAUUGGUCGAACAACCCACAGCCAGUCCAACUCGGCGGUAGCGCACCGUUUGAUCCGGAGCUAAUUUGUGAGCCACAGCAGUGCUCAAAUAAGCAGACUCAGGUCACGCAAGCAAAAGAACCGCCGAUCCCCGGCGCAAUCAAUCCGACAAACACGGGCAUUGACUGCAACGGUGUCGCAAUCCCCCCGGGCUUCAGCCAAGAUUAUCCCUAUUGUUGUGAUCCACCAAGCGUCUACAGCGACAAGUGGCCAGUGGAUCCAAAAUAUCUCUUUGAACAUUACUACGAUACUCCUCAAGAUGAUGUGUUGUGGAAUUACGAUGAAGAAUACCGAAACAAUAACUUGGAUUGGUCCCAAGCUCCUGGGAGCGACAAACCGGAUGAUGAUGCUUACGGAUUUGUUAUGCUGGAUGGGCCACCGGGAUCGCUCGACAACGACUUUCCGACGAGCCAAACGAUCGCGAGACGUCAAGUGGAGACUCGCAAGACCAGAUCGAUGCUGACGACCAACCGAACCAUGAUUGAUUCUACAUUUGAUCACUCAGAGGAAACUGUUUAUAUCUACUGCAACUACAAACAAACUUCGCCCGAAUGUCGAAGGUUAUGGUUGAAUGGAGCUCCAGACACCAUCAUCCGACUCCCUUCCGAUUUGGGAGAAGGCCCGUAUGCCCGAGUGGUAUCACUUGGCCUGGCCGAGCCAGAAUUCGAUCUCCCAAGGCACCAUGUUCAAGCUCGAUCGCUUACAGGAAACGUGAAUCCCGUCUAUAAGCUGACUUUUGACUACAACUUCCAUCUCGUCAAGAGAGAUGAGACUGUUAACAUGCGCGUCGACUUCACCAACCUUGUCGGGUAUUGGGACGAGUUGACAGAUGCACCCGGACGAAAACAGAAAAGACGCCAAACCCACCAAGAGCAUAUGUCUAAGGAAGAGUGGCGCUCCAAGAUCUCCCAGGCAAAGUCGAGGCAUGAGAAGCUGCGCAAACGAGGUCUCGCAACCAAGGCUCUUAGGACAACGAAGGAUAUGGGCCAAGGUGGGAACAAGCUCGACCAGAGAUGGUUUGGCGCGUUUCUCGACUGGCUGGGUCGUUUGAUGUAUCUGGAUGCAAACGUUGAAAUGGAUGCUACCUAUGCUUAUUAUUUUUCUGGCACUAUCGUUCCACCAGCCGUUACUGGCACUUACGCAUACUUGAGCCUUGAGCCUAGCGCGUAUUUGGGUCUUCGAAUCGUUGGAAACGCCAGGCUCCAGGCUACGACAGGCCGCAAGAAGAUCUUGGACACUGUAUCGUAUCCAGGGCUCUCUAUAAAAGGCAUAGCUGCAGUUGGACCAACGUUGGACUUAUAUGGCGAAAUCCGGGGCGUCAUUACGCUGAAAGGACAAAUGAACGCUGGAGCCAAACUGGAUUUUGGUAAAGCAGAAGUCUACUGGCCCCAAGAUGACGCUGCAAGUAGCCAGUACCAAGAGCUGCUUGGUCUUGAUGCAAAACCGUCAGCUCAGGACCAGAGCUUGGUCCAGCCAAUGUUUGAUGCUAAAGUCACAAUCAAUGCACAGAUAGAUGUUCUCGUCACCCCAGAAGCCAACAUGGGACUCAGAAUUGGCGGCACAAUAACUGGGGGCUCUCCUCUAGUUGAUGCGCAGCUCGUGGGCUACGUGAACACAUCUCUGUCGUUUCAAGCUUCCGCUACUGCGUCUGGAGGAGCAAACAAUGAUGUCACAUCAACCUACAGUUAUGGUGUUUACCUAUUCUACAAUCUCGGCUAUGGGGCCUUUGCCACGAUCAAAUCUUUUCCGAAUUGGGCUCUACAGCCGCGCAACGCGUACAACCCGACACCCAGGUUCACCAUCUACGAAAGUACGGGCUCCUUCAGCGGCAUCACCAGUAAUGAUAAGCGAGAAUUUUAUCAUGGCCAUGAGCCCGACCUCUACUCUCCCUCGAACCGCUCUUCAAUGUUGGCGACGAGCUACCUCUAUGACAAAAGAGGGGACUCGUCUGAUGAGGAUCCAUUUCAAAGCCAGACCCCGGACUUCUCCCAGCAACUGACCUGUCCUACGGGGGAUAGCUCCUUGAUAAGACUGCCCGACUUUCGGUUUAACUGCGGUAUUUUCGGAGACAGUCAGCUCAAUGGCAACAAUGGUCAAAUCAUCGUUCCCGGAAUCUGCUCUGGAAUCCAAAGCUUUCUCACGCGUCGAGGUUUAGCAAACAGUGACAUGGUCCUUACUUGGGACCCCAAUCGAGAAAGAAGGGUCGAUCGCGCAGCAAUCUCCUGUCCAAAAUCAUCUGAUGGUGCCUACUGUACAUCGCAACAAAGUAACCUUCAGGCACAAACGAAAGAUAAAACAAUCGCAAUAUCAUGUGACGAAUUCCCAUUCGCGUCGACAGAAGAAGGGGGCGGUUACCUCCGUACGUUGGCGUCAGGAGCUACCUCCUCUCAAAGCACCUGCGUACCUGCAUGGCAACAAACCCUACAAGGAAACUGUAACAGGAUGCUUAGCAGUAUUCAAACGAAUGUGGCAUAUUACGAAAGAGCGCAACGGGGUGACAGCGCGGUAAACUUUGUACCCUGGUCUACUUCACCUCCAAGCGAGAGAUGGUUUACCGUGGGCAGUACGUUCAAUGGCCAGUCCAUAACGUCGCAGAGAGUAGUGUCGUAUCCCAACCAGAUCCCGCAAGCAACCGGAAUUUCUGACACUGCCUACUCCGGUACUGCCGGAGCGUAUGGAGGCUACAUGUUCAGGCGGAAUUUCACCUUCGGUCUCGCCUCGCCCGUCUCCUCACAGGACGGUGCAGCCUGGGUCCCCAGCACCGGCGCUGCCGAGUCGUGGACUUUCAAAAACCGCGAGUUUCCCCCGGGAAUCGAUGGCGGAGAUGUGCAAGACAUCGCCUGCGCCAUCAACACCUUCGGGCAAGACGACAUUUACAGCUUUCCGUACAACGGACUCUGCUUCAAUGGAGGCUACCUCUCUGGACGAGAGUUUGCUGCUACACCCAACAACAAGAGGAGUAUUGGCCAGUUCCAUGGGUGGCAUGUCAACAACCGCGACCAAGUGAAGCUUUUUGCCACCUGUGACUGGAUCAUGGCGUCUCUCAUACCAGUAUCACUGCGAGCUGCAUACUUCGAAUCCUGA